AUGGGGCUCAAUUUAUGGGCCUACGCGGUUGGCAGCACCGUGCUCGCGGUGGGGGUGGUCGUGAAUGCGCUGCACACCAAGGAGCAGUUCUACCCUGCCGCGCUCUACCUCUCCAAGUCGAAGGCAUGCUCGCUGGCGAUGAAGAAGCUCUUCCUGGGCAAAUUACGAGAGAUUGAGAUCGAACACCUGACUGACAAGGUGUGGGGCGCCGUUAUGGACAUCCUCCUCACCAUGACGAUCUUUCGCUCAGAAUUCAACACGGUCUUCAUUACUUGGUUUACGAUCCUCAUCUUCUUCAAGAUCUUCCACUGGCUGGCCCAAGAUCGAGUGGAUUUCAUCCAACACUCGCCAGUGUCUGCGCUGACCUCGCUGCGCAUCUUCUCGCUGAUGGCCAUUCUGUCCGUCGUGGACGUCGUUGUGCUCUAUCGUGCGGCGGUCGUGACCAUGGCCAAGGGACCCUCAAUGAUGAUCCUCUUCGGCUUCGAGUUUCUCAUCCUCCUGGCCACCGUCGUCUCCACUGCGGCCAAGUUCAUCAUCAACGUCAUUGACAGUCGGCAACAGGGCACUUGGGAAAGGAAGGGAGCCAUCAUCCUGUACCUGGAAGUGAUUACCGACAUCUUCCAGCUCCUCGUCUACCUGGUGUUCUUCGGCCUCAUCAUCACUUACUACAGCCUGCCGUUGCACAUCAUCCGCAACGUCUACUUGACGAUUCGCUCUCUCAAGCAAUGCGUGGACAGUCUCAUGCGCUACCGCAAGGCCACCACGAACAUGAACGAACGAUUCCCCGACGUGACGGCCGCUGAGUUGGCCGACACCGAGCAAAUAUGCAUCGUGUGUCGCGAGGAGCUCACACAAGGAAAGCGGCUACCCUGUGGCCAUAUUCUGCACUUCCACUGCCUCCUCAACUGGCUGCAGCGCCAGCAAACUUGUCCCAUUUGCAGGACGUCUGUACUCGACGCUCCGGCCCCCGUGCCACAGCCACAACAGCAGCAACAACCACAACAAGCCCAGCAGUUCAACUGGCCACCGCAGGUCCAGGAACUGUGGGACCGACAGGUGCAGAUGGCCCAGAUGGCCGAGGCAGAUGCCGCGCGGCACGGUGGUGGCGAGCAUGCGGGUGUCCACCAGCCGGAAACACACCAAACCACCCAGGAACCCCCCGCAUCUAUGAACUACGCCGCCGACGGAGCAGUCGAGCAAUUGGCUGCUACGCUGCCUGAGAUCCUUCAGGGAUCCUCUUCAUCAUCGCCAACGCCUGCUGCCGCCCGAGAACCGCCGAGGGACGAGGGAGACAUCGAACGAGUCAUCGACUCCUACGCGUCGCGGUUCGGCUCUGGUCUGUCGCCCAACGAGCUCAACGACAGGAAGGCGCUCCUCCGCCGGCGGAUGAAGGCCGCCGUGGCCUCCUUCAAGGACGGCUACUAG